GAGAUUCGAUACUGGACAAAUUUUUCAUCUUCAAGAAAUGUUGACAUCUCGAGCUCGCCAUAGAUUGCAGUGAUGGCCAAACAGACCAGUCUGUGGUCAUUCAUUCUCUUGAUCGUGUUCUUGGUCUUCAUCUGCCUGGCUGGAAUCCAUUGGCAAAAACAGAGCGAGUUUAUGAAAUUCAUCAAAGCAAAUAACCUAGAGCAAUUUGGGACUGCCUUCUCCAAUGCAGAAAUACAUUAUUUGGAGCAAUUUUCUGCUCCCGGUCUGUUAGAACACGAAGCAUUCAAGAAGGUCGCCCCUGAGGAGAAGGCUAAAAUCCACAAAGUAUCGGAGGAGGUUGCCUCAUCGCUCCUUCUGAGACACUGGUUGGAGACGAAGCAAUUACAACAUCACCAUGACGGCAUACAAAGAUGGUUGGAUCAGGAGGAAUGGCAGGAGCAAAGAAACGUAAAUUUUGGAUACCGAAGUGUAAAACAGCUUGCUGAAUAUGAUAGCGAACAGAUUGAGAAAUUAAACAAGUUCUUGAAGACACCGAAGUUUGAAGCCUACCUACUGAAGACAGGCAUCAUGGAACUCGCAAGCGAUGAUAAUUGGGAACGCAUUAUGUUAAAUUCAACCUACUUCAGCCUGCAGAAGAUAAAAGAGCUGUUCAUCUUUGAUCGCUUGCUAAUCCUGACCAUGCCGCUUGGGCUACUGUGUUUCUGGGUGUGGGGUAACUAUCAGCUAGCCCGGGGCACCCCUCAGCAGACGGGUAACGAGAGACCCUCGUCCAUUCUUAAUUACAUCACUGGUAGUCUGCUUGAUGUGAAUUGCUGCAAGGUGGACUGGGGAUGGGUGGAACCGGCCGUUGUGGGAGAAACGAUGAGCUUCAUGAUCAAGUUUUUCCAGAGGAACAGAAGACCAUACAUCAUCAGCCGUGAUAAUAGUUUACCAGUGAUCGUCGAGAUUACAGCAAGUCAGCAGAGAAUCAGCUCCUCACUGGAGUACGGAAAAACAAACGAAGUCAAGGCAUCGUUCACAGUACGCCGAGCUGGCUUAUACACCAUAACUGUACGGCUGGGUCAGAUGAAUAUCAGGGGAAGUCCCUACAGGAAGAUGUUUCUGCCAGGGCCAGUGGAUCCUUCUAAAUCAGCGUUUGUUCGACACAGUUCCACGAUGGUGGUAACCAAGCACCAGUUCUGCCCCAUGUUUAUUGAACCUAGAGAUAAUUUUGGUAAUGCCUGUUUCGUCUACUCUGAGGGUCAGCAGAAGGUCAAUGAAUGCCUUACCGAGGACUACAGUCUCACGGUCACUAAGACCGGCAGUGAAAGCUUUGAUGAUUUCAAACCUCACUACGAGGUCAAACCGUGUAGGGACAGCAAGCAGCUGGCACUGCGUGUUCGAAUGGAGUCCACUGGAUGCUACAGAGCAAUAGCUACUUAUAAACAACAGAAAAUCAGUAAUGGAGAGUUCAAUAUUCUAGUUCUCUGUGAAAGCGACGCAGAAAAAGUAAAUAAAAACGUUGACAAGAAGAGCUCAGAGGGGUAUGAGGCGUCACUUCUUGCACACAACAACACCAGACAGAGACGGCCCAAGAAAGUUUACUGCUACAUCUCACCGAAACAACUGACUGUCAAAGAGUUCUAUUUGCGCAUCAUCCCAAGAAGGCUUCAGACAUUCAGAGUUUGCCCGGCAACGAAAUUUAACUUUAACGGAGAGCAGCAGGACCAUGAAGUGCCGGUGUUUACCAUUGAAGAUGGAAGCCAGCCAUCGAUGCAGCUGUCCUCCAAGUACAGAGAUGUCAUGGCUGCUACUUUCACUAAAUUUCUUCUCACAAAUAUCGGUGGCUCAGAGACAUUCCAGGACAAGCAGCGAUGUUUCUAUCGAGAGGUGGUGGUUUUACGACCCAGGAAAUCCCAGUCAGUUGUGACACUGAAUAUCGACCGGCAUAGCCUGCUGGAAAGUUCAAUGAAAGCAACAAAGUCUUUUGCAACGUCGGACUGGUGUAAGAAGUUUGAAAUCACUUUUAUGGGAGAGGAAGGUCAAGACUGGGGAGGACUUGCCAGGGAAUGGACAGAGCUUGUCUGCACAUCCCUUUUUUCCCCCGAGAAUAAAUUCUUCAGGAGAUUUCGGGACAAUAAUCAGGGGCUGGUACAUCCAAACCCAGACAGACCAGCCCAUUUGUGUAAAUCCAAGUUCUAUGAAUUCGCUGGUAAAAUGGUUGGGAAAUGUCUGUACGAGUCUUCACUUGGAAGCACCACCAGGCAGCUGGUUAAAGCCAGGUUUUCUCGCUCAUUCCUGGCUCAACUCAUUGGACUCAGAGUAACACACAAGUAUUUUGAAGCAGACGAUCCUGAUUUCUUCACGUCUAAAGUGCGCUAUAUUUUGGACAGUGACGUGGAUGACAUGGAGCUGACAUUUUCUGAAGAUGUAUACAGUUCCGGAGGACAACUCUCUCAGGUGAUUGAGUUAAUCCCAGGAGGGACCACCAUUGCAGUGACCAAUGAAAACAAGAUCGAGUAUCUAGAUAAGCUAGCCCAACACCGAUUGGCCAACAGUGUACAAGAUGAAAUAGAAGCAUUCCUCAAAGGCUUGAAUGACCUCAUACCUGACCAGCUCUUGAGUAUGUUUGAUGAGAAUGAGUUAGAGUUACUCAUGUGUGGAACCUGUGCUUUCAGCGUAACGGACAUGCAGAGAUAUUACAUUCCAUCCGGAGAAGGAGAACAAUUUGCCCAGAUGUUGGAUUGGUUCUGGACUGUGGUGAAUAGCUUCACUCAGGAGGAGAUGGCCAGGCUUCUUCAGUUUACCACCGGUUGUUCCCAGUUACCUACAGGAGGUUUCGGUGAACUCAGCCCUAAGUUUCAGAUUAUUGCUGCCCCUACUCAUGGCACCCUACCCACCGCACACACAUGUUUCAACCAACUUUGCCUGCCAACAUACGAUAGUAUUGAACAUCUUCAGAAGGCUCUAGUGCUAGCCAUCAAUGAGGGUGGUGAGGGUUUCGGCUUACUUUGAAGCAUCAACUCCCAAGGAGAAUUUUAACAUGUGGUACCUCAAGGUAAACCUUUUUUUAAAUUCCAAGUUGCCCAAGUUUUGCCGAACCUGAAAUUUGUUCCAAAGGGCCCAUGGAUAUAUGCUGCAGCAUUAAACUCCAACCCAAACGAUGUCAUUGGGUUGUUAAAAAAGGGGAAGUCCCUUAUGCAGAUAUUGCAUGAUUUGGUUUGGAUAAUAAUAUCUGUGUUUCAUGUAUUUUGUGACAUUCUACAGAUGAUGGGUUUGAAAUCAGUAUUAGUCGUGUUUUGUUUUUGUGUGAAAUGUUUUGUGCCUUAUUUUGACGGAGAUUGCAAAUUAUUGUAGUGGGCUUUGUUGAUGGUGAUCAGAUUGCCGAUAGAGAUUUAACCCUGCCAAUUUUGUUAGUUUUAUCCAACAGAUUUAUCUUCUGUUUACUAUUUAUAGUUAUAGAAGAGUUUGCGUUAACACCAGAGUCCAGCAUUCUCCAGAAGACGA